AUCGCCUCACAUCGCCUCUUAUAUUGCCAUCUGUCCUUUAUCACCCGUGUUUAUAUACAGAGCAGCCAGCUCUGGAUAGCACCGACCAAAGGGGGAAAGUUGUUAUCGCGUUGCCCAUCAUGGCUUCUGUCCCCCAGCUUGUUCCUGAGACAAUGGUCACCCUCAAGGUGACCUUUGAGAAUACCACUCGUCGCGUCAAGAUGCCACUGCGCGACAUGGUGCCGCAGAUUCUCGAAGCCAAUAUCCGGCACUUCCUCCACAUCCCACUGGAGACCCAGGUCAUCAUCGAACGCUACUCCGACUCUGCCAGCGCCUUUGUUGUUCUCGAUUCCAACAACUUGCCAGUCUACAAGCAACUGUAUAGAGCCGCAAAAGCCAAGUCAAAGCUGAAACUACAUGUUUCUGUCCCUCAGCUGGAGCCGAAGACUCCGCCAAAGCCCGUCACAGUAGAGGACGAGCCGGAAGCCUCCGUGGCAGAGACCUACGAAUCCACCGAAAAGAUUACUCCUACCGAGAGCGACGAAUCACCUUCAACAGCCGAGCCUGCUACGGAGAUGCCAGUGCCGUCAGCAGCUCCGUCUUCCAUUACCCUGCUCUCCGGAGUUGAGUUGCCUCUGCGAACCUCUGAGACGACCAAGGUUGAGGAGGAGAUUGAGCCUCCGGUUGCUCAGAAGCUACCGGCAAAUUUUGCCCAGUCUGCUCCCUUUGACCCUCAGUCAAUAUACUCUUCAUUCGACGACUAUUGUGCUCCCGCUGACGUGCAAAGUCUUCGUGUUGUUGCUCCCGCUCCGUUUGCUGUCUGCUGCAACCACUGUGAAAAGACAGUUUCAGACGUCCACUAUCACUGCCAGACCUGUGACGACGGUGACUUUGACCUCUGCCAAGGCUGCGUCGAUGAGGCUAUUAGCUGCUAUGAUGACAACCACUGGCUCAUCAAGCGGAUGAUCAUCGACGGCCAGCUCGUUACCAGCAGCACUGAAAAGGUUGAGCCCAAGUCCCAAGCCAAGAAGCAGACUGAGAGUCUCGUUCAGGAGGCCUCUAUUCUUCCGUCAAUUGAGACCCCCGAAAAGGAGGAGAAGGAGACCCUGAAGAUUACCCGUCCUGAGAAGGCUUCGGAGCAACCUCCCGUUGAGGAGCCAUUGAAGGCCGUCAACGAUACUCCUCUCUUCGUCCCCCCCAGAGCUCCAUUUGCUGGUGCUGCAGGCUCUAGGUGGUGCAUGGGCACCAUGCGAACAUGCAACUGCUGUGUUCAAGAGCUUCCCGAAUGGGAGUUCCUCCACUGCACAACUUGUGAGGACUUCGAUCUUUGCCAGGCAUGCUUCACCAAGGACGCCCAUGGUCACCACCCCAAGCAUGCCUUUAUUCCUGCUGUUGCAGGCACCAAGAUGCCAGACCACGUUACUGUUAGAAUGGGCGCUGGCCGCAACCAGGCGCACCAUGCCAUCUGUGACGGCUGUGACAAGUACAUCACUGGCGUCCGUCACAAGUGCCUGGACUGCCCAGAUUGGGAUUACUGCUCCGAUUGCAUUCCCAAUGCGGCCUUUGUCCAUGCCAACCACCGCUUUGCGCCCAUCUAUGAGCCUCUUGCGGACCUCCAUGCCUGCGCGGCUGCUCAGCCAGUGCACAUGGGCAUCUGCUGUGAUGGGCCCCUGUGCUCCAACACUCAGGGCUAUCCCACAUACAUCAGGGGCGUGCGCUACAAGUGUGCAGUCUGCCACGACCUUGAUUUCUGCGCAAGCUGCGAGGCCAACCCCGCCAAUGACCACAACAAGACACAUCCUCUCAUCAAGUUCAAGACGCCUGUUCGCCACGUUAGCGUCACCACUACUGGCGAGCACCAGGAUGGAAAGCGCAUGCCUCCCAUGGGCGACCGUGCUAAGAGCAUCUUCAGGCCUUCAGAGACUUCGACUCUGAGUGAUAGCAACACUAUCAACGCUGUGCAAACGGUUGUUGAUGUGAAGCCUGAGGAGCCCGAGACCGAAGAGGUCGAGGUCAAGCAAGAGCCUGAGGUUGAGGCCGAGACCAAGGAAGUCGAGGUCAAGGAGGAGCCUACUCCUGAGAUCAAGGAGGAGGUCAAAGAGGAGAUCAAGGAGGAACAAGUUGCUGAGCCCGUCUCAUCAUUCAAUGAGAAUGACCUCCGCGCCGUCUUCAUUCGCGACGUCGUCCAUGAUGGCACAAUCAUGCCACCUAACCAAGUCUUUGAGCAGACAUGGGUGCUCCGCAAUGAGGGCACUGCUACCUGGCCUGCUGGAUGCUCCGUCAAGUUUGUUGGCGGCGACUACAUGGGACAUGUUGACUCUGCCCAUCCUGCUGGCAUCUCAGAGCUUGUGUCGGCAUCAGAGUCGACAGUCUGCUACGCUCCGCUUGCCCCCGGCAGCGAGUUCCCAUUCACCGUGCUGCUCCGCACUCCUGCCCGCGCUGGUCAAAUCAUCUCUUACUGGCGUUUGACCACUCCUGAAGGAUUCAAGUUCGGCCACCGCCUCUGGUGCGACGUCAAUGUGCGCAUGCCGCCGCCUGCUGAGGUCCUGCCGGCGACCACGGUCGAGGAACCCAAGAAGGAGGAGGAGACCCAGACCGGUAGCGUCAUGAUCUUCCCCAAGCUUGACAAGGAGUCACCUCACUCUAGCAUGCACGCAGAGAUGCAGGCCGAGUCUGUCUCUGGGGCCGCCGAGACCGACGCUCAGACUGCCAGUGGCGAGGAGUACGAGUGGGAUGGAUCGGAUGAUGGGUUCAUGACCGACGAAGAGUAUGACAUCUUGGAUGCCUCUGACGAGGAAUAUCUGGAGGAUCGCGAGAACAAGAAGCUGAGGAAGUAAGGGAUGAUUUUUUUUAUGAGCAAGAAUUUUUGUAACGGAAUAUGGGAUCUUUGGCGUGCGUUUCUUUUACUUCUCCCCUACCAAAUGGGCCCCAGUACUGUACUUCUCUCCAUUCCCUCUUAUUCGGGAUUCCUUUUUGCUGGCAGUCGCCACGCCCUCUGCCUAUGGCCUGAGCUCUAGGUUCUGAAGGCCGGCGCAACAAGUCUGGCACGACUCUCGUUUGAUUUCUAUCUAGUAAUUGUAGGAUUUGAUUAGGAAUAGGACGCUAUUAUUGACUUUUAUUGUU